AUGGUUGGUCUUAAAGUAUCUGAUACCCCUGAAGUGUUGCUGGAUGCGUCACGGGACAAAGAAUUAUAUGCACAAACUGGCUCCACUGCUCCAAAAAGCACUGGUUCGGUAGACCUUUCAGAUAGUGAUAGUAGUGACGAUGAUGCGCCAGAGGAGGAAGGACUAUCGGCUGGUAAAGAUGAGAUGGAAAAGCAAGUCAAAGAGAGAGAACAAGCCAUUAAACGUGAGCAGGAUCUCCUGAAAGAAAAGAGAAGGAAACAGAAUCUAAAAUUCGCAGAACAACAAGAGCAGAAGAGAUCGAGAGAACUCGAAGAACAGAAGAAAAGGCAAACCGAUGAAGAUCUACUUACUGCUACUGAAUCCAAGGAACUGGAGCUGCCGGAAGAGUUGCCAGACGAAUUCUUUGACAGUUUAGACGAGGCGGAACCUGCAUUUGUAGCCGCGAAGCCAACAUACGUCAACUUCAAUGAAAUAGACGGAAAUUACGCUCAAGAGGUUGUGCAAGAGUUGAAAAAAAAAAGAAGAAGACACUUCAACAAUUAA